AUGGUCAACGCAACCAACAUGGCGGAUGGCAACAUCCUCACCAACGCCGUCGUCGCCGGCGAGCCGACGGACAUCAUCUAUAACCUCGGCAACAUGGCGUGGAUCAUCGUGUCGACGGCGCUCGUAUUCAUCAUGAUCCCCGGCGUUGGAUUCUUCUACUCGGGUCUGCUGCGCAAAAAGUCGGCGCUGUCGAUGCUGUGGAUGUCCAUGUGUCUGAUGGCCGUCGUCACGUUCGAAUGGUUCUUCUGGGGCUUCUCGCUCGCCUUCUCGCCAACCUCGACCAACAAGUUCAUCGGCAACCUGGACAACUUUGGUCUGAUGGGUGUGGACAUUGGUCCUUCGUCCGGAGGCACGGUGCUGCCGCAGCUGCUGUACUGCAUCUACCAGAUGAUGUUCGCCGCCAUCACGGUGGUCAUCGCGUGCGGUGCGUUUGCCGACCGUGCGCGCCUGGGGCCCGUGAUGAUCUUUGCGUUCUGCUGGACGACGAUUGUGUACAACCCGAUCGCCUACUGGACCUGGAACGUCGGUCUUGGCUGGUCCAACGUGAUGGGUGGUCUUGACUUUGCUGGUGGUACGCCCGUGCACAUUUCGUCGGGUACGGCUGCGCUCGCCAUCUCGAUCUUCCUGGGCAAGCGCAAGGGUUACGGCUCGGAGCAGCUGGCGUACCGCCCGCACAACGUCGGCUACUGCAUCCUCGGCACCGUCUUCCUCUGGUUCGGCUGGUUCGGCUUCAACGGCGGCUCGGCGCUCGGCGCCAACCUGCGUGCCGUGCAGGCCAUGAUGGUCACCCAGGUCGCCGCGUCGGUCGGUGCGCUCACUUGGAUGUUCUGGGACUGGAGGCUCGAGCGCAAGUGGUCCGCCGUCGGCUUCUGCUCCGGCGCCAUCUCGGGUCUCGUGGCCAUCACGCCCGCUUCCGGUUACGUGGGCACCCCCGCUGCCGUUGCCUUUGGCGUCGUCGGCGGUACCGCCUGCAACUUUGCCACCGGCCUCAAGAACCUGCUCGGCUACGACGAUGCACUUGACAUCUUUGCGGCACACGGUAUUGGCGGUAUGGUCGGCAACAUCCUCACUGCCUUCUUCGCCGACAACCGCGUGGCGUCGUUUGACGGCUCGACGCCCAUUCCCGGUGGAUGGAUCAACCACAACUGGAUCCAGCUCGGCUACCAGCUCGCCGACUCGGCAUCGGGUUUCGGCUGGAGCUUUGUGCUCACGCUGAUCCUGCUGUUCGCCAUCGACCGUAUCCCCGGCUGCCACUUCCGCGCGUCGGAAGAGGACGAGUCGUUGGGUAUCGACCUGGCCCAGAUCGGAGAGGAGGUCUUCACCCUCCCGCUGCUGCACGACUUCCACAGGCCCGAAGAGGGCGCCGAGAUCUCGCACGCACAGGCCUCCGUCGACGCCAAGUUCUCGCCCGCAAACAGCGAGAAGGACCUCGAGGCGGCUCAUGCCCCCUCGACGGCCCAGGCCGCCUGA